AUGCUUUCCACCUUCUCAUCAUCAUCCGAGCCAUCCUCAUUACCACCACCAUCUUCCAUCUAUUCGCUCUGUAAAACUGGCAACUUAGAGGCCAUUCAAACACAUUUCCAAAGCUCCUCCAAUCCCUCUCCCUCUCUACAUGAACCCGAUGAAUAUGGAAAUACCAUGCUCUACUAUGCAUGUUUGUGUGGGCGAUUGGGAGUGGUGAGAUACCUCUCCGAGUUGGGUGCUCGCGACGAUCGGUACAAACGAUGCUUUCUGAAUGCUUUGAAUUUAGAGGUUCGGAGAAUGUUGAAACUCUAUAAUGUCUAUCAUCAAGAGCCUCAAGAAAAGAAGACUUCUUCUCAAACAUUACCAUCGGAAGAAGAAGAUGAUGAAGACCAUCUCAUCCAAUUAUUGAAAAAGUAUGCCAAGAAGUGUGUGCAUGAGAAUAAGAGGGAGAACAAAGAAGAUGAGAAUUCUUCUUCUGGGUUUACCUCGUCAUCAUCUUCGUUGGAACCCCUUAUAAAGAAAUUCUCAUAUCAGUGA